AUGGAAAGAUCUUCCCGCUCACCAUCGCGACGCCAAAGUGUCCGCUACUCCUCGCCAAUGCCAGCAGUUAUGGUUGAGCCCACCGUCGUGCGUGACCUUUUCGACGACGAGAAGCUCGUCCUCGAUGACUUCGAAAGUCACAUUGCCCGCUGCACUCCAUGCGCCCUAGCCAUCGAAACCGGCGAAAGCUACCAUUGCGAGCGUGGCUACCUCCUCGCCCUCGACGUGACCAAAUACCUAUACAGUGAAGGAGGCAAGCCAUUUGCAGCAGUGGAUAAGGAGAAUGGCAAGCCAAGACGAGUGAAGCUGCCUCGAGACUCGAGUGCAACUCGCAGCCUUCUUGAGUCAAUCGAGAAGGGAAGACGUCUCCAGUCUCCUCGUCGUGGACGUGCUCCUGCUGUUCGUCCUCCCAGCUCUACCUCCAGCACUCGGCCUGUGAUUGAACAGUUCAGGCCUCGCUCUCACACUCCGGAGCCAGUCUCUUCUCCUCUCCAGAUCAUUGAGCGCUCGCCAUCUCUCAGCAAGCGUCACGUUAUCGUUUACCCUCGUUCUUCUCGGCAAUCUUCUCGAUCUUCAAACGCCUCCAGCCGCAGCCCGUCCAACAGAGGCUCGCUCUAUGUCCCUGACCAUCUGGACCGCGAAGAGCGACGCUACGAAUCCAGUAGCCAGCGAUACCACCGCUGA